AAGUUUACAACACACACCAACAAUGGCUGGUAUCAAACUUGUAGCACUUGGUUUUGUUGCCCUGCUAGUAGUUGGACUAUCCAAUGCUGCACGGGUAGCUAGAUUGUCUAGUGCAGAGGGGCAAGGUCAGGGAGGGGGAGUGGGAGGUGGAACCGGAACCGGUGCUGGGGCAGGGUCUGGGGGUGGCGAUGGGUCGGCUGGCAGUAGUGUUAGUACGUCUGGGUCGCCGGAUCAUGCCCGGGCUAGUUCCGGUGGUGGUGGUAGUGGUGGCGGCGGUGGUGGUAGUGGUGGCAGUGGGUAUGGCUCUGGGUCAGGGUCAGGAUCUAGCUCAAGUACUAGCCGUGGUGCCGGAAGAGCAUGGAUUGGCGGUGGGCGCACUGACGCCGGAGGUGCUGGCGGUGGUGGAGGUGCCGGAAGAGGAGACGGUGACCAAGGAUCUAGUGGCCAUGGCGACGGGUCUGGCUUUGGAAGCGGCUCCAGCAAGGUGGACAGUGAAGGCUAUUAUGGGGCAACUGGCUAUGCUAACGGUGGCGGCAAUGGUGAUGGUGGAGGUCAUGGCGAAGGUGGUGGAUACGGUAAUGGUGGAGGGAAUGGGUCAGGUUAUGGCAACGGUGAAUUCCCUUAAAUUGCUUCAUAGAUCAGCCAACUAAACAUGGAGCCCGUAGUAGUCUGGUGAUUUGUCCUUUUCUAGUUGUCUGGUGAUUUGUCUUAGUAUGGGACGUAAUGUACGUCUCGUUUUCCACAAAUCAGAAUCAUUUAUCUUUGUGUACUGUGCAAUAAGGAAUAAUGCUCCAUCCUUGCUGAAUGUGGUUACAUUUAGAAGUUACGCAUGCAACUUAUGCGAAGAUAGAACUAUGUGUUGUACUUCAUCCCAAAAAUAUAAGAUGUGUUUUGACCUGUUAAUAUGUA